UAAGAAUCAAAUCCCUACGUCAAUUCAAAGUCGUUUUGGCCUUAUUUUGUUCUUUGCUUUUUCCUUGGUAGUAUUACUUGUGAUCACACAACCUCAUGGCUGUGGGGCCAAUUUUUUUUUUUACACCUUUUGUGACAACAAACCAACCAUAUCAAGGCUAUGCAUUUGAUAGGGAAAAAUGAAAAUUGAAGGGUAUCUUUUUUUCUUCAAGCUGAGAUUUAACAAGAAUGCUUUCUUGGCUUCUUUACAAGAAAAAAUAUUUUAUUUUCCUCCAUGUUAUUAGUUUCUAAAGAGUUGGAUGAUGAGAACUGGGCUUUGAAUCCUUUUCCUUUUUUACCAUACCUUACCAUAAGGCCAAUUUAGUACUGGAGUAUUCCCACUUGCUGUGAUUUAUUCCAAGUUUCAUAUCUUGGAGGUUUUCUUAUUGAUACUUCAAGUUUAAAGGUCAGAUAUAACUGUUACAAAUCCAUGUUAUGAUGGAUCGACUUAAAAUUAUUGAGCGGCAGCAUGAGAACUCCCUACAGUAUGUAGUAGUUAAGAUAUUUUCUGCCAUAAUGUGAGCCUGAUUUUGAUCAAUAAGGGAUUGCCACAUUAGGCUACCUUGACUAAAAGCUAAAUCAUCAAAAAGCCCUUUCUUGUCUUCUUCGGAAACGGUAGUUCUCCCCCUCUCUUGGGCAAAGAAAGAGAAACACAUCUGGUUUAUUGUGAAGCUGUGGUUUAAAUGGCUAAAGUUUGUUGGCCAUACUUUGAUCCUGAGUAUGAGAACCUGAGUGUCAGAAUCAAUCCUCCAAGGGUGUCUGUGGAUAACACUAGUUGCACUGACUGUACUGUUGUGAAGAUUGACAGCGUGAAUAAACCUGGAAUAUUGCUGGAAGUUGUGCAAAUACUAACAGACCUUGACUUCAUUAUCACCAAAGCUUACAUCUCCUCUGAUGGCGGAUGGUUCAUGGAUGUGUUUCACGUCACUGAUCAGCAAGGGAAAAAGAUUACUGAUGGAAAAACCAUUGAUUACAUAGAGAGGGUUCUAGGACCUAAGGGCCACACCACAGAUGGGAUGAAAAACUGCGCUGGAAAACGUGUUGGGGUGCACUCUGUUGGUAAUCACACCGCAAUUGAACUCAUUGGAAGGGACAGGCCUGGUCUCUUAUCAGAGAUCUCUGCUGUCCUCGCCAACCUUCACUUUAAUGUUGCUGUUGCUGAAGUGUGGACACAUAAUAGACGAAUAGCGUGUGUGCUCUAUGUCAAUGAUGAUACCACAAGUCGUGCUGUGGAUGAUCCAAACAGACUGUCUAUUAUGGAGGAGCAGCUUAAGCACAUCAUGCGUGGCUGUGAGGAGGAUGACAAAGUGGCUCGUACGAGCUUCUCCAUGGGAUUCACACAUAUUGAUCGGCGGCUUCAUCAAAUGCUGUUUGCUGACAGGGAUUAUGAAGGUGGUGGAGUGACAACUGAGGUUGACUAUCCUCCAUCCUUCAAACCAAAGAUCACAGUCGAGCGUUGUGAGGAGAAGGGGUACUCGGUGGUUAGUGUCCGGUGCAAAGAUCGAGCUAAGCUCAUGUUUGACAUUGUCUGCACACUCACAGACAUGCAAUAUGUGGUUUUUCAUGCCACCAUCUCUUCCAAUGGUCCCUAUGCUUCACAGGAAUAUUUUAUUCGCCACAUGGAUGGCUGCACGCUUGAUACUGAAGGAGAGAAAGAAAGGGUAAUUAAAUGUCUAGAAGCUGCAAUUCAUAGAAGAGUAAGUGAGGGUUUAAGUCUGGAGCUUUGUGCAAAGGAUAGAGUUGGUUUGUUGUCCGAAGUAACGAGGAUUCUCCGAGAGAAUGGACUGUCAGUUAGAAGAGCAGGAGUGUCAACAGUUGGGGAGCAGGCAGUGAAUGUUUUCUAUGUGAGAGAUGCUUAUGGGAAUCCAGUAGAUACAAAGACAAUCGAAGCACUUCGCAAAGAAAUCGGACACACAAUGAUGCUUAAUGUCAAGAAGGAUCCAGCCAGUGCCAAGCAACCAGAGGCUGAGGCUAGUGGAUGGGCCAAAACAAGCUUUUUCUUUGGAAACUUACUGGAAAAGUUCUUGGCUUGAAGAAAGGGAAAGAAACAUGUCCAUAAAUGGCUAUAACAGAAACUUGGAACUGUAUAGAAUAAUGCAUGCUUUUGCAUACCAACCAUGGGAAGAACCUUUUAUCCCUGUUUUGUUUAAAAAUAAAUGCUUGCAAAUUGUGAAGCUUGGACUUUGGAACGUACUUCUUUGCU